CCGGGAAGUGAGCUCUUUCUAUCCAAAAUGGCGGCCAAACUAAAACCGAUUGUGAGAUGGGCUCAGACAAAAGAGCGGCUUUAUUUAACGCUAGAGCUGUCAGAUGUCCAGUACCCGUCGAUAGAUUUGACAGAAUCGCGGCUUCUUUUCAAAGGAUAUGGGCAUGGUGCUAAGGGAGAAGACAACUAUGAAUUGGAGGUUAAUUUCCUUGAGCCAAUCAACCCAGGGGAAAGCAGUCACAAAGUAAUGGAGCGGUAUGUGGAAUUCUCCAUCGCAAAGCAGAAAGGUAGAGAAUUCUUCUGGCAGCGUCUGGUUGAUAGUGAAAAAAGGCCAAACUGGUUGAAGAUCAAUUUUGAUCGCUGGAAAAAUGAAGACGAUACUGAAGAUGAGAAACAAGAGGCAGAAGAGGAGCAAAAACGGCAAAUAAGUAAUAUUAUUGUUGAACAGAGGUUAAAGAGAGACUAUGAUAUGCAUGGAGACAGAGUCAAACAAGAUGUUGUUCGAUUCCUGAAGAAGUUUUACCUUGUUACAUAUAAUGGCAUACAAUUCAUCCUCUUCCUCUACAUUGUGGCUAAGAUUAUCUCAAGGUUUAUCAUGGAGGGAAAAGAUUCCCUUGCUGGCAAUUAUGAUGCUGUGAGUGACAUUAUAGCCUCCUGUCAGCUUGCAGCAUUCCUAGAGGUUUUGAACCCUGCCAUUGGCAUAGUAAAAACUGGGGUUUUCGCACCAUUUGCACAGGUGUUUGGGAGGAAUUUAGUGCUGUUUAUGGUUGUAGUACCCCACCCCACUCUUCAUGCCGACCCUGUAGUUAGUGCUCUGUUCUUCACCUGGUCUGUUAUAGAAAUUAUCAGAUACCCCUUCUACAUAGUCCAGAUCAUAGGGAUACCAUUUGAGCCCCUUAUUUGGUUGCGGUACACAGCAUGGAUACCACUCUACCCUGUUGGUAUGAUUACAGAAGUCAUUCUUAUCUGGAAAGCCUUGCCUCUAUUGGACCAGACUCAGAGGUUCUCCAUUAUCCUUCCCAAUGCAUUCAACUUCAGCUUCAGUUUUGCAAUGUUCCUGAGGUUUUACCUCAUCUUUAUGAUAUAUGGGGGAAGCUACAUGAUACUGGCACCUCCCCCUGAAUCAGUUGUUAUGAUAUAACUUUGCUCAAGUUCAUUCUCUAUUCCAGGGGGAAGCUACAUGAUACUGGCACCUCCCCCUGAAUCAGUUGUUAUGAUAUAACUUUGCUCAAGUUCAUUCUCUAUUCCAGGGGGAAGCUACAUGAUACUGGCACCUCCCCCUGAAUCAGUUGUUAUGAUAUAACUUUGCUCAAGUUCAUUCUCUAUUCCAGGGGGAAGCUACAUGUUGCUCCAUAUGCACAGGCUGAGGAGCAAGAGAUAUGG